GUCAUGAUGCGAAUGUUGACGUUUGCACUGCUGUUGUCUUGAUUUUUGUAGAAAUACAUCAGUUACAUAAUUAUAAAAAAUAAAACGACGGACUGACGCCGAUAGAUGCAUAAACACGUAUCCCAAUGUGAUAAACCCGUGAAAUAUUUUGUGGUUCUUUACAGACCAGUCUCAUUAGCACCGUAUAUCUCUCGUGAAAUUUUGGCAGAAGUAACGCCGAAAAGACAUAACUUUAAUCUUGUUGACUGAGCGCACCGUAAAGUAAUCGUAUUCGUCGAUUAUUGUGGCUGGGUUACUGUUGACAGUUUUGAUGUAUAGGAUAGCAACCUUAUUUCGUGCGAUUGUGUUUAGUUGUGUUUUACCACUACAGACAAAUUGUUUCCUGUGCAUGAAAUGCCACGAAAGGUGUUUCGUUAGAUAUUGCAUUUCAUGUGCCUGCCCAGAAUUUUGCGUAUUAAGAUGUAACGUCCAUAAUUCAGUAUCAUUUCUAACUAGCCGCAGUGUCAAGAAAAAUGUGUGUGAGCUCAAUCUUGUGUAGCAGUGUAGACCGGCUUUGUAUGAAGUUGCAGGAACCUAGAAUUGUAGCAGCUAUGGAACAUGAAACAUUUGGCUGGGUGAAAAAAGAAGAUAUGAAUCUGGAAUGUAACCCCGUGGUUGUCGAAGAUCCAUUUGAAACAUCAAGGGUCUAUGUCUAUAUUAAAGAAGAUCCAGACUUAGAUUUGGGAGUGGAUGCAACUGACAAUGGUGAGGCAUCCACAAGAGGACUUGCAUCAGAUAGUGCACGAUCAUCUCAUCUGUCCAAUGAAAACUAUGGCUCUUCAUUUAAAGAAACUGUUUCUCCAGCUGUGACCUGUGAUGAGCUGACACAGGAAACUGUCACGCACAGUAAUUCCUUCUGCAAUGCAGAUAACAUGAGUGAGAUGGACAAUGAAUUCUGUGACUUCACCUGUGAUACAUGCCUGCAAAGAUUUUCAUCAAAAUACAGCCUCAUAAUGCAUGUAUUCACUCACAUUGACAUUGCACAGCCACCGUUACAUGUUUGCAGAUGUUGUGGUGAAGUGUUUCUUGACAAUGAUGCCCUGAAUAAUCAUGUCAGUAUGAAGGAGGAUGGCAGGACCUUGAUUGCACAACCAUUUCCUGAUACCAGGCAGGUGCACAGCUGUAGAGAUGUGUGCGAGAAUAUAUUCACUGCAAAAGAUCACAUGCCUGUUGCUCUAACGGCACCCACUGUUAGUGAUUCAUGUGGACAGUUUGCAAACAUUUAUUAUGCCUCACAGGGCUAUUACUGUGAUCCCAGUAGCUGGUCUCUCUGUCAAAAAAAUGGUAAAACAGUUUCCUCAUGCCCUAUACACUCCAAGCCACACAAGUGUGAUGUAUGCAGCAAAUCUUUUGCUUAUGCAUCUCUUCUCAGAACCCAUGCCUUAGUACAUUCUGGAGUAAUGUCGCACAAAUGUGAUGUUUGUGGAAAAAUGUUUGUUAGUGUUGAUCAUCUUAAAAAUCACAAAUCAGUGCAUUCUGCAGCAGAGAAACACAAAUGUGAUAUCUGUGGCAAACUGUAUACUACAGUUCAUAACCUCAAAGCUCAUACAUUAGUGCACUCUGCAGCGAAGGCACAUGAAUGUGCUAUAUGUGGCAAAUUGUUUGCUACACUUGGUCAGCUCAAAUCCCAUGCAAUAGUUCAUUCUGGUGUGAAGAAACACAAAUGUGAUGUUUGUGGCAAAUUGUUUGCUAGAUUUGGUGAACUCAAAGUUCAUGGCCUAGUUCAUUCUGCAGUGAAGUCACAUGAGUGUGAUAUUUGUGGAAAAUUGUUUGCUAGACCUAGUAAUCUCAAAGCCCAUACCCUACUACAUUCUGCAGUGAAAUCGCACAAAUGUAAUGUUUGUGGUAAAUUUUUUUCUAGACUUGGGCAGCUCAAGAACCAUGAAUUAGUGCAUUCUGGGGUGAAGGCACACAAAUGUGUUGUUUGUGAAAAAUCCUUUGCUUUAGUCAGUAAUCUCAAAUCCCAUGCAUUAUUGCAUUUGGGGGUGAAGGCACACAAAUGUGAUGUUUGUGGCAAAUUGUUUGCUACACUUCGUGAGGUCAAGUACCAUUCGAUAGUACAUUCUGGGUUAAAGUCACACCAGUGUGAUGUGUGUGGCAAAUUGUUUGCUAGACGUAGUGAGCUCAAAGUUCAUUUGUUAGUGCAUUCUGAUUUGAAGCCACACAAAUGCAAUUGUUGUAGCAAAUCUUUUGUACGGGCUGUUGAUCUCAGGAGGCAUAUGCAAGCACAUUUUAAGAGGAAAGGGCAUGUAGCUUCACAUAUUGAAAGCUCCCAUCCUAGUUAGAUGUACAGCAAAUUUUGCACUUAAUUCAGUGUUUGAACUUCAGUGCAAGAUUGGUAAUGAAGUGAUUUACUGUGAUAAAUGAAUUGGCUG